UAUCAGCGUAUCACAAACCCGAGUGCCACUACAUAUUAACUGUUUAUUGUUAAAUUAUAUUUAAAUAAAAAAAUUUUCAUUUUUUUUGUGUUUAAAUUAUUAUAAUGGCUUCAAGAAAGAGUUUACGUAAAGAUUCUCAUACAUUUUUAAUUGGCUAUACAUCAAAUCAAAUUGUCGGUAGCAAAUUACCAUCUAUAAGACAGGCGUUAUCGGUUCUUUUUUACAACAUGCGUGAAGUUCGUCUUAAUUUAAACGAAAGUGCGAAAUUAGUAAUAAAAGAGGUAAGUGUUUUUUGGCAAAAGGCACGUAUACCGGUUAGUGCUGAACAAUAUUGUGCCAUAAAGCUUCAAAAAUUAUAUAACGAAUGGAGAAAUUUGCAAAAGUUGCAAUAUAGAAAAACAGACACACAACUUAAAAAAAAUGAAGAAUUCAGCAUGAUAUUAGAUGAUUUAUUUGACAUUGCUCAAGCUGAUGCUCUUGAAGUUAUAAAAAUAAAAGAAGACAGGGAUUUUCUAAUAUCACAGAGGCAAAAAGGUCGUCCUGGAUCCAUGUUGGGGAUUGAUCUAAAAAUAAUUAAUAAAGAAAAAAGAGCCGAGGAAAGAUUAAAAAUUGUUGAGGAAAGACGAAAAAGAACUUAUGAAGAAUCGGAGAUCCACGAUACAUUUGUGGAAAUGAGUACGUCAUCAACCGAUGAGUCUACUAUAGAAGAUGAAGAGUUUGAUAAGCCCGGUCCAUCUACAAAAUACUUUAAACAACCACAUAGAGGAAAUAUUAAUUUCAUCACAUCGAAACUUGCAUCAAACUUAUAGAGGAAUACAAUACAAAAAUUACCAAUGAUGAAACUCAAAAACAAUAUUUGCUCCAAGUUGUGUGUGACUACCGUAAUAAAUACCCAGACUCCAAGAAGAG